AGUCCCGCCCCCUUAGUCAGGAAGGAAGUGGAAGUCUCUGUAGCUACCCAGACGCCGCCAUCGCGCGUGGUACUUGCUGUUAGACCAGAGGUGACUGAAACCUGCAUCGCUGCAGAAGCUGAGACUGCGUGAGCCAUGGUGGGGAGAUCCCGGCGGCGCGGAGCCGCACGGUGGGCAGCUGUGCAAGCCAGAGGUGGCCGCACCGCGGCAGACGAAAAUGAAGACGAUUUAGGUGGGCCACCCUCACCCCGGGACUCCAGCUACUACCAGGACGAGGUAGAUGACUUCCAUGAGGCACGGGCCCGGGCAGCUUUAGCCAAGGGCUGGAGAGAGGUAGACAGCGGGGAGGAGGAGGAGGACGGCGAGGAGGAGGUGCUAGCUAUAGAUGUCGAUGAAGACGGAGAGAGUACGGAGGAGGAGCAGGAGGAGGAGGAUAGUGAUGGGAGCUCCGUGCAGAGUGAGGCAGAGGCCUCUGUAGAUCCCAGUCUGUCUUGGGGUCAGAGGAAGAAACUUUACUACGACACGGACUAUGGCUCCAAAUCCCGAGGCCGGCAGCAUCAACAUGAAGUAGAGGAGGAGGAGCGAGAGGAAGAGGAGGAAGCGCAGAUCAUUCAGCGGCGCCUAGCCCAAGCCCUACAAGAGGAUGAUUUUGGAGUCUCCUGGGUGGAGGCCUUUGCGAAACCCGUGCCACAAGUCGAAGAGGUUAAGACACAGGUCGUGAAGGAUUUGGCUAAAGUUUCAGUGAAAGAAAAGCUGAAGAUGCUGCGAAAGGAAUCUCCAGAGCUCUUGGAGCUGAUAGAAGACCUAAAAAUCAAGUUAAGAGAAGUGAAAGAUGAGCUAGAACCGUUGCUGGAGUUGGUGGAGCAAGGACUCAUUCCACCCGGAAAAGGAAGCCAAUACCUGAGGACCAAGUACAAUCUUUACUUGAACUAUUGUUCUAACAUCAGUUUUUAUUUGAUCCUGAAAGCGAGAAGAGUCCCCGCACAUGGACAUCCUGUCAUUGAAAGGCUUGUUACCUACCGAAGUCUGAUCAACAAGCUGUCAGUUGUGGAUCAGAAGCUGUCAUCUGAAAUUCGACAUCUACUUACACGUAAGGAUUGUGCUGUAAAGAAAGAACUGAACCCAAAAUCUAAACUCACCAAAGCCAAGCCUAAGUCUGCUUCAGAGACUUCAGCUUCUAAAAAUCGCUCUGAUGAUUCAGAUUUUGAUAAAGAUGCUGCACUGAAAUACUAUAAAGAAACAGAGGACAGGCAGAAGUUAAAGAGAAAGAAAGAAGAAACCAACGCUGAAGAACUGGCUCAUGAAGUUCAGAAUUCCAAGAGAGCCAUUACCUAUCAGAUUGCUAAAAAUAGGGGACUCACACCUAGGAGAAAAAAGAUUGAUCGCAAUCCCAGAGUGAAACAUAGGGAGAAGUUCAGGAGAGCCAAAAUUCGAAGAAGAGGCCAGGUUCGUGAAGUUCGAAGAGAAGAGCAACGUUAUAGUGGUGAAUUAUCAGGCAUCCGUGCUGGAGUUAAAAAGAGCAUUAAGCUUAAGUAAAAUACAUGCUUAAUUAAGGUUUUUGGCAAUCAUGUUGGAUUAAUAAAUUUUUUUAACUAAAGUGAUUAUUUUGGUAUAUUAAGUUUAAAAGUUAAUGCCAAGGAAGAGGGGGGGUUACUGCUUAAUUUAUGUGCUCUUUAGUUCUUAUUGAAGUCAUUAAGAGUUGUGGGAGCAGUAUGAAGAUGGUUGGGGAGACGACUGCUGAAAAAAAGACGUGCUUUAUUUUGUAAGUUUUAGCCUGGUAAAGUUUCCUGUUCAGUUAAUUAUGGAGUGGUAAUGGAACUUAAGCACUUGUGUAACUUUUUAGAUAAGUAGACUGUACCUUAGGCAACAUGUAAGACAGUGUAUAGAAGUAGUUCUGCCAUAUAUUUACCUAGCUACACUACUUGGGCUGGAUGCUUAUUAAUCUGUGAGUCUAAUGUUGAGUGGAUUUUGUAUAUGUUAUGGUAAAAGUAUAGGAAUGAAGAGAAACUUUGAUAACAAAAAGGAAAAGGAAAAACAAUUUGUGAAUAUUUUCUAAUAGUCCUUCAUAUGAUAAAAGUGAAAACUCCAUUUCUGCGCUGGCUUGCAGUCAUUGCUGAACUUUUUUAAAGAUUUAAGUGGCAGCUUUAAGAGGUAACAAAAGUCAGUGACAUUAGUCCCUGUAUUGAGGGAAAUGUUGAUACUUAAUUUUAAGGUGUUUAGGAUGAUGCCAGGGAAGAAAAUGAGAGGCCUGGCAAAAGAAAGCACAGAACUCUUAGCUCUGCCAUCACUUAUUUAUUAAAUGUGCUAUAACGGCUAUCAAUGCGGGAUGAUCAGUGCUUAACACACUUACCACGUACCAGCUCUGUGUCACAUCUCACCCAUAAAGUCGUGAGCUAGAACUGCCCUGUGUCACAGAUGAGAUGAAGUUCUUGGGGGAGAUUAACUUUCUAAGAGACACCUUGGGAUUUGAGCCCAAACUAACUGAAUAAAUGAGCAUUUAUUCUCUUUAUCCCUGGCAUACUGCUGCUUCCUCAGAGUACUGCAUAUGCCAAAUUCUUUUGGGUUUUCUUAAAAGGUUGGAAGUGAAAGCAUCAAGUGCUUACUACUCUGAAUACCUUAUUUCCCUUUAUUCCUCAAUAGCCCUAUGUGGUGAAUUCUAUUGUCCACAUUUUGAAGAUGAAAUUGUGGCAGAGAAUGAACUUUACCAAAGUCAUCUGGCUAUUAAGUAACAGAGGGAGGACUUUUCAACCCAGCCUUUCUGGCUUUAAAGUCCAAUCCUUUUUUUUUUUUUUUUUUUCUGAUAAAAAUAGAAAAAGUACAGAUUUCAGAGUUAUUUACCAAGGUGGUUUUGGUUUUCUUUGUUUUAUGGUACUGGGUAUUGAGCUGAGCACCCUGUACCAAGUUUUUUG